GCACCUCCACGCAACGCUCGUAAACACUGAUUUUGUUACGUGUACAAUGGUAACGAACAGCAACACUGUCCCGCACGCGGAACGUAUACACACGCGUUGACUUACAUCGCCGAUUCAAGACAAAAUUCUCCUGAAACUGGUGUGAAGCAAAACUCUGGAAAGCACUUUCUCCUUGUAUCAAUCUCCCUUGUUCAGACUUCUUAAACUUCACUGGGGAAAUCCAUUAUCAAGUACUUCAACUUCAGUUUUUCCCCACCCAAAUCAUCCAAUCGUCUUGGUAAAGCCCGGAGUCCCGGUCGACCGGAGACAUGAGCGUACUGAACCCGGCGUCGACGGCCAGGAGGAGGGAGCAACUGUACGGCGCGUCCCGUGUGGAGGAGGUCCGGGCCUUACGGCGGUCACUCACUCAAGACCACAUCACCAACCUGACGAGUGACAGGACUAAAAUACCGCCAUGGGCCAGCACGACUAAAUUCGCUUACAAGGGGACACAGCCGGAUAAGAUCACAGCUCUGUCAUGGGACUCCGGGGUUCAGAACCAGGCACAUUUCGACAUGCGAGGAGACGCAGCGCCAGUCGACAACGGUGUCUAUCUGAAGUCACUCACUACCAACGACUACAGGAAACAUCCACCACAAAGGAAAACUGUUUUACGUCAAGACAAUCAAAUAAAUCUGCCGGACAUGAACCCUCGUUUCUUUCGAGAUCCAGCAAUGGGGACUUCAUUCUACAAUUCGGACUUUAGCAAAACAAUACAACGCGAAACCACACUGCCGGAUCUGCAGAAGGCCAGGACAGAGAUGCGCAGGCGCAAUGUGAAAGACAUCCGAACCACACACUUCCAAUUCGGCAACGAGGAUUCCAACUUUCAAACAGAGACAGUGUCCUCCUUCAAGGCUGGCCGGCCCCGGUCUGGUCUCCGACUCGAGCCGCUCCAGCCGCCGGCCCUGUACCGCUCCAAGACGGAGCCCAUCGAUCGCGACCCGGCCGCCACGGUCCGGAGAAUGCUAGAAGAGGAGCGAGAAUCCUAUGUCUUCCGGAGUGGAGACUACAACGUCACGGCGCCCAAACCCAAGCUGUCCACGUUCCAGAGAGACUACGACGCGGCGCCCAAGGAGCCCAAAUCGGCGGCCUUCGUCGAACCGACGCAGAUCGCAAAAGGCAGGUUUUUGCAGGACGCCGACACCUUGAAGGCGAGUAUGAAAGAAGAGAUGAUUCUGACCCCUGACCCCUUGGACGCGGUCACCGCGGCUAAGAAGACCGCCGAAGACAACGCUGCCAUCUUGAGAAACAUCCUCUUGCAGUACGACUCAAUGAAGACCGGCUAUAUCUCGAAGGAGCUCUUACAGCGAGCCUGUAAUAGUCUGUUAGAUCCUAUUCCGCAACCUACCGUAGAUGAGCUGCUCGCAUCGACUAAAGAAGGGCCCGGUAACACGAUAGACUACUUAGACUUCAUCAAGCAGUAUAAUCUCAAGUCUCCUCUUCUCACUGCGAAGCUAGAAGUGUCAACGGGGAGAGAUGGCGUGACGCGAUCCGCCGAUGUAACCAGUCAGCGUGACGCAAUGAAGAGUGCCGGGGGUUCUGGGGGCAGUGGCCCCGUGCUGGAGAACGCAUCGACCGGCAAAGAAUACCAAACUGGCGUACAUUUUCAGUUCGGCUCAGACGCGGACCAGCCAGCGAGUAUAUACCACAAAGACUACGACGCGCAAGUAUUGAAGACGGACAAGAAGCCGGAAAAGUGUCAAGGCCCUACGUCGUCUGAGGUGAUGCAUACGACAAACGGGGUUGAGUUUGGAAAUAGCACGAAACAGAGUGACUUCGUAAGCUUCCAAGAAAAGGACAAGGUGCAAUUGCGAAGCAUUCUGAAAUCGAGAGAUGACCAGGGUUUGAAGAAUAAAGGCAGACACGACAAGAAUAGCGUUAUAUUAACGUGUGAUAAAGACAGAGACGCUGAAGACAGGCAUCAGUCACUAUCUCACGAGAGCUACGUGAAGUUCCCGGCUUCCCUGAAAGUCACCGUGGCCCCUCCCUUGCCCAAGUACCGGUACCUAGACGGGGACGGCGCCCUGCCUUACCCGGCCAACCUGCCCGGCCGGUCCGAGACCAUCGAGGCCUACAGCGGCUGCUGCCUGUCCAUGCCGGCCGAGACGGGGGACAAAUUGCGGCUGUUCCAGGCCGAGAACGCCGAGCGCGUCCGGGACAGCCGGCGGGUGCAUUUCAAGUUCGGCACGGACGAGGUGUCGCCCACGACGGAGGCCAGGGACAACUUUACCGAGGCGACCCCGGGCCGAGACGUUCCGGCGGCGGGGACAAAGAAUCAGACGGAGCCUAAAUAUCCACAUCUGAUGGUCAGUAAAAACACGCAAGAUUUGAGCAGAGAUCCGAUGGCCAAUGGGAUCUUUGAUAGCAUUCGCCUGGCCAAGAAAUCCUACUACAACACGGCACCGAACCCUUCCGAUCCACUACACAUCAACCUCAGACGGGUCGUCAUGGAGAUGGACCCCAACCACACAGGUCACGUGACGAAGAGAGUCCUCAAGGAGGCUUGUGGGAAGUUCCAGAUCAACGUGAGCGCCAAAGCGCUGGACAGACUCAUGCAGAGAUGCGACAAACACGGUGAAGAUAAGGUGGACUAUCAUCAGUUUAUCAGAUCUCUGACCCUAGAGCAACUUCCUGAAUCAGUAUCGUCUUCCCACGGUGCCUCGCUCAUGAGACAUGACUACAGACCCCUCAACCAACGCAGUUUUACCAAUGCACAGCUACUGACGAUGCAACAUAUGGACAUGAAACCAUUGAAACCAGUAGACACUCACUUCUUUCACAGAGACGGUUCCGGAGAGAACCAGUUCAAAUCGGUAACCAAUCAAGACUUCAUCAAGCCAGAAAUGAUGACGGCCUCUAUAUAACAAACUUUCUUCGACUUGCUAUCUCCAGAACGCGUAAAACCAAAAUAGGGACCAUUAAAAGUGGUGCGUGUACGGGAUACGUAUACGGCUCUGAAAAACCAGCUUGUUAUAAUCACCACUGCAUGCAUUGCGGAGUUAUUUCCCCAACUGAUCCACACCGUAUAUAUCCAUUUUGAUGUUAAAUGCAUUUUGCCCAUAGUGUGGCAGUUGAACCACUCAAAAUGGUGAUUUAACAAGCAAAUUUCCGAUCCGCGAACGUAUUCCGUACGCACAUACCAUUUGUAAUGAUUGGGUUUGUGUAUGACGUACUGUUUGGCCCAUUUGGGUGUUUACAUGUACAACGCUGUCGUAAAAUUUCGUCAGAAUAAAGACUAUGCGAUAAAACAACAAACGCUAACGACCACAAUAAUAUUGGAGGUCAUUUGAUUUUUACUGAAGCAGAUGUGACACCACGCUCAUGCGCAUGUGUGAUGCGUCCUUUAUUUGAGGCGCGCUCAUGAUUUGAAAAAAAACUAUUGGUCACUCCUUUUAAUUUUGGCCGUAAAAUAAGAGUCUAUAACUUGUAAAGCACACUCCAAAAAAAUGUACUUAGCAAUUAAACACGAUCUCAACAUUUAUUCCUAAACAUCAAUGUUCAGUUGCUAAACACUAUUAAGCAUGUUUAGUAUUUAAAUAUUACAAAUUGAUAGCAAAUUGUUUUGGAAAACAGUUUGUGUGCUCUAUGUUCGUGAUGUCAAACUGAACGUGCAAUUUUCUUGAGCCAGUUUCUAAAUCAAGGGAUUUACUAUACCUCAGCUCUGUAUGUGGUUACGGAAUAAUCUAGAAAGCCAGUACAUGUAUUGUCAAAAGUAAUGUAGGGAAAUCAAGGCAAGGGCCUUAAUUUGGCCUAGUAUCACGUAGGCUGAUUCCAAAUGGGGCGAGACCGAGGUUUAUUAAAUGCCCGUAGGGCGUUGUAGUAUGCCGUGAGGCUGUAUGUGCACUGAAACUUUACAUAAGCACCAUUGUGUGAAAAAACCAGUGCACUGGCCAAAAAAGGUAUUAGGCCAUCAGCCUCGGUCCAACAUUUGGCCAUGGCGUUAUCAAAGGAGGGGAAUAAUCGUCAUAGCGAUUUUUGUCAAGGUAUACACCUCCAGAGUUGGAAAAUAUGUGAUAGCAUUGCAGCGGUGGCAGCUUUUUGGGUGUUAUCACCCUUUUUUUUCAAAAUGUCCAUCAAAAUGCUUGUUACCACUCUAGGGGCGGUAUACCUUGCGCAUGCGCACUAUAAUCAUUUAUGCCCUGAUUUGAUACUGGCCAAACCCCCAGGCUGCUGGCCUAUAUGGCAAAUCACAAAUUGUGCAGAAUGUUCUUCCUCCACGAUCAAUAUUUAAUUGUUUAUUUUCCAAUCCAGUUGGUUUUGUUUUGUUCGUCUUGUUCCUAUAUAAAGUAAAAAGGGUACUUAUUACCAUAACAAUGCUUCCUUUAUUUUAACUAUGUGUACAUUUAUAACCGACGAAGUAACUGUCAUCUUCGUUUAUGUUUUGCGAAUCAUUUUGUUAAAGUCUUGCCGUUAUUUCGUGAAACUUAACGUUAAUUGUGCGUAUUUCUUUUUAACGAUAUAAGUUCAUUAUUCUAUUAAUUGCCAUGGAUAUAAUGCAACGUGACUUUUGGUGCAAAGUUAAACAGAUAGGCAUGCACGUUUCAGAAUUAUGAUACUUCAUAAUUAUACAUGUAUAAAGCUAAGUUCAGAAAAGAUGAUGUCCCUUUUAUCUUAUUAUAUUUAUAUUCCAUUCUUACCGUUGACCUCAGUUUUUGUUUAAUUUUGAUUUAAAUUCUUUUAAAUCAUUUCAGGAUAAUUUACCAUGAAGCAUUGCGCAUAAAUUGAUAUACUUAUUAACAACACAGUAUCACUUUGGUUGGUAUAAUUAUGUGAAAUUACGCAUUAUUCAUAAGAACAUGUACAUAGGCCUAGCUAUCGGAACGUGCAUAUUUUCAACUGUUUUUUGAAAAUGAAACUUAUCUAAAUAAUGUUUCGAUUCUUAUUUUUCUACCACCUACCCGGCUUUGUUUUUAUUGCGUCAUUGCCAAAGUGUUUUUUGUUAGCGGAUGUACAUUGUAUAAUAUCAUUUGGUGUGUGUGAAGUAUUGCUUAACGGUGUAUAUACCCGUAACACAUUUGCAAUAAACAUGUAAAUAAAUACA